AUGACACUACUCGGCAUUCGACGAUACAGGACUGCCAGCUACCAUCCUCAGGCCAACGCUACAGUGGAACGUUUCCACCGCCAGCUGAAGUCGUCACUGAUGGCUUCCAGCGACCAACGCGAGAAGUGGAACGCCACCUUACCCCUCGUCCUCCUCGGCAUCCGGACGUCCCUCAAGCAGGACCUUCACCACUCUUCUGCCGAGCUCGUAUACGGCACCACUCUUCGACUCCCUGGCGAGCUCCUUACCAGCUCACCCGACGCCGGCCCCUGCAGCGUCCAAGACUUCGCCAGCAGUCUUAAGGAGUCGAUGAGAAGCCUGCAGCCGGUGCAACCUCGCACGCACCCCGCCAAGACCUUCGGUGUUGACGCUGUCCGUAAACCACUACAGCGCCCCUACGAAGGCCCCUUCGAGGUCCUCCGCAGGACGAGGAAAAACAUCACCAUCAACAGAAACGGCUCUUCCGACGUCAUAGCCAUAGACCGAGUCAAGCCCGCCUACAUCCUGCACACCCCGACGGCACCUCACGACCCCGACAUCGCCGGCCACGCCUUCAGCACCACGCGCCACAGCUAA